AUGGCGGACAGACGCCCUUCCUAUCGUCGCCCAUCCGGGUCUGCAUCUCGUCGUCCAUCUGGCGUGGCAUCUCGUCGCCCAUCUAUCGAUCCAUCCAAACUUGUUUCUAUGGAUAAGACAUCGGCCGUCCCUGGGUCUGACGACUUCAAUGUUGUGUUCAUUGGUGCUGGAAACAUCAUGUUCGGAUCUGACGAAGGACCUUGGAACCAUUCCUUCCGUCUGGAACAUAAAUUGGGCCCUCGUCUCAAAGUCGUGGCAAUAGUCGACCCGUCUGUCGAACGUGCAACCUCCGUUCUUCAACAGAAAUGCGAAUCUUUCGUCGUGUCUGCGUACAAAGACACCCGAGUGUUCAAGACCUUCGAAGAGUUCGUCAAAAAUAUGUCUUCUCAUGAUCGGCCACGUGCCGUUAUCAUUGGCAGCCCACCAAUGUUCCGUGGGUCUACCCAGCCAGGACGCGACAUUGAGCUUCAGAUUCUCAAGCAUAUCCCUGGCAUUGCUAUUUUCGUUGAAAAGCCCAUUGCCACUGGUGAGGAAAUUGAAAUUAAUGAGGCAUACGAAGUGGGCAAAAGGAUUUCCGACGCGAAGACGGUGUGCUCAGUUGGAUACAUGCUCCGUUAUCUGAGAGCUGUCCAAAUGAUGAAGAAGAUUAUCGACGAGAAUCAGCUCACGGUUAUGAGCACUAUCGCGCGAUAUGCCUGUGCCUACGAAUCCAUUGCAAAGUUGGAUUGGUGGGACAAAGCUAAAAGCUUCGGCCCAAUUAUCGAGCAGGGAACUCAUUUUUGUGAUCUUUCUCGCUAUUUCGGAGGAGAAGUUCAAAUCGAUUCCGUCCAAGGACAUGCUCUGGAAUGGGACGAACCGGCCGGUAAGCUUUCAAAACAAGCAAUUGACGAGAGUCAGAUACCACCGGAGAGAAGAAUUCCACGAGUAACUGCUGCAACUUGGAAAUAUGACAAUGGAGGUGUGGGAAGCUUUACACACCUUGUUGCCCUUCAAGGACACAAUUACAGUUGCGAGUUCGAAGUUUACGCUGAUGGAUACUCUCUCAAACUUGUGAAUCCCUACGUUGCACCUGUGCUCUACAUCCGCAAGCCAGGUGAUGACAACGAGACGGUUAUGCGCUUCGCUGAUGACGAUCCUUUCUUCUCCGAAAUCUCCAAUUUCAUCGACACUGUGGAGGACAUUGAGGAAGAUUUGGACUCUCCUCAAAUCCUUAGCUCUUACGAAGAUGCUGUUCGAACAUAUGAAUUAACCUGGGCUAUCCGCAAGGCGGCCGAAAAAUCUGCUGCCGCACUUAGAGCUGCCGCUGCUGCCCAAUGA